AUGGAUGACGUCGUCGUUGAGGAGAGCUCAAAUCAAUUGAUCGCUCAGAUUAAUCUCAAGCCGAUCGAAACACUUGGAGGACUAUCAACAUCAUCACCCAUCUCAGAAUCAGCACAAUCAAAUUAUCUGUUCAAGCUAUUCUCUAACCAACUACCAAGAUCUUCAGAAUGGUUUCAAAGAUUCUACUCACUGCCUAUCUCACUCCAUCAGUUCAACUCAACCAUCAAUCACAACGAGCACAUCAGAGCCUCAAACUGCUUAAUCUCGACCAUCAACGGACAACUCAUCAACCUACGCUCAAUCACCCAAUCCAACCAGCAUCAUCACAGCCACCACCAUCACCAUCACCAUCAUCACCAUCAUCAUCAUCAUCACGGGGAAGACCAGGAUCAUCAGCUGCGAUUUGAAUUAAACAAACAACUGUUCAAACACUCAAAUCAAUCACUCUCCUCCAUCUCAACAUCUAAACCGAUCAACCCUUCAAACCUAUCACCUGCAAUCAAAAUCCCACAUCCACUCAAGCCAUCGUCUGCCUCGAUUUAUUCAAACUCAUCUAGAUCCUCUUCAACCUCUUCUAUCCAUUCUCUCGGUCAUCAUUCCAUCAAGGCAUCCCCAACAGUCUCAAUCUCAAUCCUCAACCACCCAAGCUCAAGCAACCUCAACGAUCAAAUCGAAAGCUUACAGCUAGACCAUCAUCAACAGUAUCAACACCCAUCCCAUCAAAAACAAUCACAACCCUAUUCACCACAUCAAACCGAUGGUUAUCCCAAUCACCUGUCCAAGAAGGAGCCACUCUCCCCAAAACAUAUCGAAUCUAGAUCUACAUCUCAAUCCCCAACCUCAUCAAGUGCCUCUUAUCCUCGCCACAAAUCUACUCGCAAUUCGAUCAGUCAUCCAUUUGAAUCACUCUGGCAAGGCUCGACUCAUCAACAGUUCAAACUGCCAUCUUCAGCAUCAUUAUCUACAAUCAUAAACGAGCAAUCCAAGGUUGAUAUCACCCCUCCAUCCGAUCAGCAACAACGCAACACUCCUUUACCUUCUCCCACACCCUCAAAUCCUGGCCCCACUUCAUCAUCUCCUUUCACCUUCUCUUCGUCUACCUUGGUCAAUCCUCUGCCAUAUCCUGAUCCAAUCAUCUCCACCAUCACCCUUCAUAUUCAUCAAAGCCUUCUUACACCAUCCGCAGACCAAUCACCUUCCCAAUCUUCCUCUCCUGACAAUCAUGUUCACAUUCAAAACCCUCAGCAUCCUUCCAGCACACUGAUAUUCACUCUAUCCAGGUUUGGUGUUCAAAAAUCUCGCCUCUUGACGGUCACAUCAUCCAUUCACUCGAUUUAUGUCAAUCCGAUGGUCUCAUUCAGUUUGAUGAUUGGAUAUUCCUGA